GGACAUUGUGUGAAGGAGCUUAUGCAGCAUGGAAGGGUCAACCGUUGACGCGACUGCGUCGCCCGCCAGCACGACCCAAAGCACGAAUCACACCACCCACGAAACCGGCUCGCUGACACAGCAAUCUCCUCACGAGAGUCGCUUUAUUGGCAGCAGCUCGGGCGUGUACUUCAUCAAUACCGUGAAGCAGGCCUUCGAGAAUUCGGUACAGCAAGACAACACGAAUCACCUUCCGGCCGCCGAAGAGACUGUUGGUGGCGAAGACGACUUUGCACCUUCAGCACGAAAUUCCCCGGAACGAGGCCAGUUCGAGCUGAACAUCAGCAGCCAAAGAGCCAUUGAAGUCAGCAGUUCUGCUCAGCUCGGCUCAUUACCUCCAUAUGAGACCGCCCAGCUCAUGACAAUCGAGUACUUCAAGAUCUGGCAUCCAAUUGUGCCGUUUCUUUCCGGAUCUGCAUUCCUGCAAGAACUAGAGAAUCUGUAUCAAGAUCCGAGGACCUCAAGAGGCAGUGGCAGAAUUCCUACCGAUCGGAAGCGUUUGUGCAAUCUCAUCAUUUUUCAGUGUGUGAUAGCGGUGGGAGGAGCCGGUCUUCCUUCCUCGCAUUCGAUCCCUUCUGCUCUGCCUUCAAGGUCAAACCUGCUUUCCCUGGUCGCUUCACUGGCCUCUAAGCACGAUAUCCUGACAGUUCAGACUCUCCUGGCAGCUCAGGUCUACUGCCUCUCCACCCUGGCGCUCCGCACUGCGUCCUCAAUCGGUGGCCUAUUGUGUAAACUACUAUUCCACGCUGGUCUUCAUCGAUGCCCGUAUCGCUACCCUCAACUCUCGAAUGAUGACAGAGAUCUCCGCAAGCGCAUCCUGUGGAGUGCCUACGCGCUUGAUCGCUACCUUUGUCAGGCCCUUGGCAUCCCCGUUUCACUAUCUGAUGCAGAGAUCGAUGUGUGCUUGUCUGGUAGACAGGAGAUCCAUGGGCCUGCCACACACGAUCAGAAUGGAGUCCUGACUUUGUCUCGGCAAAAUUCCAAUGUGAACGGAGGAGCUGCUCCAAGAGCAAGCGCCGAGACCGGCGUCAUGACUGGAGGCGCCGCCCCUCCCACGGUAGAUGUCAAGUCACAACCUGAGCCAGAGAACAAGCUCGAAGUUAUACUUGCCAAUUUUGUGGACUACGGCAAGCUGGCUGGUAGGGUCAUGGAUGUCUAUCACACUUCACUCCAUUCUCGCGCCCACGAUCCACGGAAAGUGCUGUUCUUGCGCUCGGACGUGGACAGGUGGUUCAACAGCAUGCCAGAAGAACCGAUUUACGCAUAUGGCAACAAUGGCGCCGAUGAGCAGAUCAUUCGCUUCCUGCCAUUCCUUCACGUGCUCUACGAACAACUGAAGAUCUCGAUCCAUCGGCCAGCUUUGUCAUUGCCAAGGACAUCACCGGAAUUUCAUCACGCACUGCAGGUGACGAUUCGCGCAGCAAAGAGAACAAUUCUGGCUCUGGAACGUCAGACUCAGCUCUUCUGGCCAGGCUAUGUCGCUUCCGUGUGGAUGUCUGGACUGAUCAUCUCCUUCGCAUGCCAGAUCAAUCUGUACAACACAGCGCAAGGCUCGCACGAAAUCUUGCGCUGCUUGGACCUUCUCAAACGUAUGGGAGAGCGAUGGCGAAGUGCUCAGAGAUGCUAUGCCGCACUUUCCACCCUUCUCUCAGAUCUUCAAAAGAAUCAGCAGCGCACAAGACCUGGCACACCUACUGCUGACGACAACUUCGCUCGUCCGGCAAAACGGCAACGACUAGAUGGAGGUCCUGGUUUCGAGCAUUCUCGACCCUUCAUGUCUGCGUCGCCGACCUCGCAGCCAGAUACUUCCAACCUUGGCAAGACGGCGCCGCAACAAAAAGGCGGUUUCGCUACUCCUAUGACCGGCAACAGCACUGCCGAAUGGGACGUCAAUGAUUUCUUCGCAGACAUCAGCUGGGAGAAUCUUUUCGAUAUCGGCGAUAUCGGACAAGAUACGGAUAUGCAGUUCUUCGGACACAUUACGACAGGACCUGGUCUCAAGUGAGGUGACGCGGCUGCUUUCGUGCAUACGGAAGAGGGUCAGUACCAGGGACAAUGAUGCUCAACGCAGGACACAUCGUUCUGAACACGACUUCUCCUGGACCGCUUGAUCGAGUCGUUCCACCAUUCUGGCAAAUGAAGUUUCGCAAGGAAUAUGGCAGACGCUCAAGAUGAUAGUCGUCUGGUUGGUUAUGCGGAGUCAGGUGCUCGUAUGGGGUCAAGAAAACAGACGAGAGCGGAGUCGGAGAUCCUCGGCUGAGGCUGUCCAUAUGUCCUCUCACCACGGCAACGUUGUUGUCUCAACGUGUUGCGCAAAGUCAUGCGCAAUGAUGCACACUGGCCAACAACAAGCACAAGCUGCAACUACCAGGGUCACGCGUUGUGCCAGGCUACUACGGAUGCGAUUGGAUAGACAGACAUUUCAUGCAUCAGACAGCGCCAAGUCCAUCGCUCUGGGCCGUCGAGAGAUCAGCAUGCGACUGCAGCAGCCUUCAGGAAAUGGUCGAGCUGGAUAUCAAGUCCACUGCGUGAGGUUGACUUAGACUAAAUCUGCGGGUGUCAGUCUGAGACUAGUCUGAAAGGCUGGCGCUGUGGAGCAAGCCCCCAUCAGCCUACCAUGGCGUACGAGGACUGCGAGGGCCACCAUUUCGACUUGGUCGAUAGAGAUCAGGCCAUCAUCAUAUCUGUCGAACCAAAUACGCCCGAUCUUCGUUGCACCACGCACAUCGAGCAUCGUGCACGAAGACAGCCUUACCGCUUCCCUGCAUUUCAAAAGCCGGCAUUAUGGCACAGAACAGAUCUGUGAAUACGACUCGGCAUCACCGAUCACCCAAAACGCCACAUGUUGCAGAGCCGAACAACAUCAGGGCUCUCGGUCGUGACCUCUUGUGCAACUGAUGCAUCAGCGGUAGUUCUGGAAGCAACUAUGUCCAAGAAACGUGGGCCUGUCUGCACUGCACUCUUUCGUAGAGAUGGCGGCGGCACCAAGCUGAAGACAAGACGGUGUUGGCGGCA